AUGACAUCUUUGUGCAAGAAUUACUGGCAAGCAUUUCUUGCUCAUGCGGUCUGUGUUGGUUUAGAGAAUGGAUUGUCGUUUUGUCCUGCUGUGUCGGUUUGGUCGACUUACUUCAACAAUAACAGAGCGUUGGCUGUGGGCCUCGCAGCGACGGGGGAAGCAAGUGAAGGUUUGGUGUAUCAGGCUGCUGUGCAUGUAUUGAUUGGAAAAGUUGGAUUCGCGUGGACGUUGAGAAUCGUAGGGUUUAUUAUGUUGACAGCUCGUAUCCCUUCAAUAUUCCUCUUUAAGCCAAGAUUACCUCCUUAUAAAGCAGGUUCUCUGGUAGAGUGGGCAGCAUUCAAAGAACCUGCAUAUACUUUCUUUACCAUUGGGAUGUUCCUCAACUACUGGGGAGUGUAUUUCACAUUUUUCUAUCUGGGAACAUUCGCUCGCGGCCGCUUGGACGCUACGACCUAA